AUGGUCGGCGGCUUCAAUGCUCGGACUGGGUUUCCUUCUCGCCGGAGCUAUGUGCCGUGGACUGCAAGACGAACGGAGCGGAAAGCGCAUGCUGAUGAGGAUCAGUCGCAACUUCGCCUUCUCGACAACGUCGAGAAGGCUCGUAUCCUUCUUGUGGCACGAUAUAACGCCCACAGCAAGCACGAACCAAAGUCGAAAGUCAAGGAGUGGCGCUAA